AUGCGCCAGAACUCGAGGAGGUGGCACGGGCAACGAAAGGACUUAAGAACUGGAAGGCACGGCCAUGACUCCCUCCCUGCCGAGCCGCUCAAGAUCGAUGACGACAAACCCUUCGUCCUGGGAGACCUCCAGACCAUCCUCGUCAACGUGUGGAAAGUAGGAGAUAUUCCGCGAGAGUGGAAGGAUGCAACCAUCAAGGUGCUGUUCAAGAAGGGUGACCGGUCCAACUGUAACAACUACAGGGGGAUUUCGCGACUAUCUCACGUAGGCAAGGUCCCCAUCAAGAUCAUUACCAACCGUCUAAGCGCCUUCUGCGAAGCCAACAACAUCCUCCCGGAGGAACAGUGCGGAUUUCGACCCAGGCGAUCCACUGUCGACAUGCUGUUCGUCGUGCGCCGCCUCCAGGAGCUGAGGCGGAGAAAGAAAAUACUGCUCCCCAUGUGCUUCUUCGACUUUAAAAAGGCGUAUGAUUCGGUGGACCGAGAGAUGCUACGGAAGGUGCUGGCCAGGGCCGGGAUCCCCGCGAAGCUGAUCGAAGNGCCGAUGAUGCCGGCGUCGUAUCGAGGUCUGCAGAAGGACUGGCGAGAAUGAUGACCAUCAUCGUUGAGGUGUUCGCUGAGUUCGGGCUAACGGCGUCGGAAAAGAAGACGGAGACGCUCCUGAUGCGCGCGAAGGACAAGCCGACCACAACAUCACAGCCCCCCCCCCCUCCACAGCUGACCAUCGAAGCCGCGGGACAGAAAUACGCCCAGACGACCGAGUUCCGGUACCUCGGUGGCCUCGUCAACGAACAUGGCGACCUCACCCGGGAGAUCAACUACAGGAGCAGAGGAGCGUGGGCGUGCCUCAGGCGAUAUGGCCGGGAGCUCUUCGACAGACAGCAAGCGCCAUUCCGACUAUGAUCCGCCUGCUCCAGGCGGAGGCGAUGGGGGCACUGCUGUACGGCUGCAUGACAUGGUCACCACUC